AUGGGCGGGCGGGGCCUGGAAGGAGGAGGAGGUGCCGGGCUCAGGGUCGACGGGCUGGCCGGAGGAGAUGCGGAGGUAGCGCUCCGCCUCGGCGACCCGGAGAGCGAGGGCGUCGGCCGUGGCGCGCUCGUGUUCCCAGGCGAGGGCUGCUGCACGGACCCGCUCCUGGGCCGCCGAAGCCUCCGACUUGGCAGCGAGGAGGGCCGCGGCGAGAGCGGCAUCGGCCUACUGUCCACGGAAGGCGGCGGCGGAGAGCGGCCCAUCCUCGGGCGCCAUCCCAGGGCCAGAACGUGCGACAGCAGCGGUGGCGGGAUCGGCACCCGCGGCCUGCAGCAGCUGCGCAGCGGCCCGCAGGGCGGUCGGAUCGGCACCCGCGGCCUGCAGCAGCUGCGCAGCGGCCCGCAGGGCGGCCGGAUCGGCACCCGCGGCCUGCAGCAGCUGCGCAGCGGCCCGCAGGGCGGCCGGAUCGACGGCGGCGUGCGGCUGGGGUCCCGCAGCCCCGGCGCCUGCGCCAGCAGCAGCUGCGGCAGGGGCGGCGUCGGGCAGCAGGGGGCCCAGGGCGGUAGGAGCCCGCAGCAGAGGGAACGCGGCGCCCACGGCGGCCCCCGCGGCGGCGGCCGGCGGCUCCUGGAGCAGAGGAGCCACGGCGCCCGCGGCGGCUCCCGCAGCAGCGCCCGCGGCCGGCCCAGCACCCGCUCCCCCCUCGAGGAUCAGCCCGGCGGCGGGAAAACCGGGCGGCGGCGGCCCAGGCGCCCGCAGCGGCGCGAGUGCUUCCCUAGCAGGAUUGCUGCCGUGGGGGGUGUGCAGGAGGAAGAUGCCAUGGUUUCAGGCGGCAGGCAGGAUGGGGGCAAUGCAGCUCACCUGAAUCGAAGGUCAGCAACGGGGUUACAUGUGCUGCCCAUUAUCGUCAUCGUGUCUCGGUGCGGCGCCAUUGCCUCCGUCGGGAGCGGCGCCGUCGUCGACUGGCUUCUUGACAGCUCAUGUGGCGCAGGACUAGGCUGCCAUGGUGCUCGCGUCUCUGGUGAUUGA